AAGUCUGCGGGCCGGGCUGCUUUCGUCCAGUGUGACUGUUCCUCGCGAUGCAGAGCUUCGCCAGGUUCCUGCUGUUGUCGGCCUGCUGCUGGUCAGCGGCGCUGGCCGCGACCACCAAGGUCGUCUGCUACUUCAACACCAGCGCGCUCAAACGACCAGAGUCGAGCCGCAUUCUGCUGUCGCAGAUCGAGCCCAGCUUCUCGUACUGCACGCACCUGGUCGUGGGCUACGCCACGAUCAACACGGAGACGUACAAGGCGGUGCCGCCCAGCGAGGAUGAACACACCACCUACACCAACAUCGUGGCGCUCAAGAGGCGCUUCCCCAGCCUCAAGAUCCUGCUGUCGAUCGGCGGCGGCGCCGCGGACACCGACAGCAGGGAGAAGUACUUCGAGCUGCUUGAAAGUGAUGAACACCGAACAACUUUCGUAAGUUCAGCUAAGAGUCUACUGAAGCAACAUGGAUUUGAUGGCAUUGACAUCGCGUGGGAGUUCCCCAAGAACAAAGCAAAGAAGGACCGCGGCACUUUUGGCUCCAUAUGGCACGGAAUCAAGAAGGCCGUCGGCGCGGCCCACAGCCACACGGACGAGAAAGCAGACGAGCACAAGAGCCAGUUCUCGGCCCUCAUCCGCGAGCUGAGAACGUCGCUGCGGAACGAAAACGCUCUCUUGACUCUCAGCGUCAUCCCAUACAUCAACCAGUCGCUGUACUACGACCCGACGGCGCUGAACCAGCAGAUCGACCAGCUGCAAGUGCUGGCCUUCGACUACCGCAACCCGGAGCGCGACCCCAAGGAGGCCGACUACCCGGCGCCGCUCUACCCAGCCGGACAGAGGGACUCUGACCUCUCGGUCGACGGAAACAUCCGCUGGUUCCUCGAGAACUCAUUCCCAGCUAGCAAGCUGGUGCUCGGCAUCCCGACGUUCGCCCGCACGUGGAAGCUGACGGAGGACAGCAAGGUGUCCGGCGCGCCGCCCAUAGAGACGGACGGCCCCGGGGACCAGGACGCGAUCGUGCAGACGCCCGGCCUGCUGGCCUACCAGUCGGUGUGCACCCUGCUGCCCAACCCCUCCAACAAGGACAAGCCGACGACGCUGCGCCGCGUCAACGACCCCUCCAACCGCCUCGGCUCCUACGGCUUCCGGCUGCCCUCCGGGGACGUCAACGGCCUGUGGGUCGGCUUCGAGGACCCGGACGUCGCCGCCUACAAGGCGCAGUACGCCAAGACCAAGAGUCUGGCCGGCAUCGCCUUCUCCGACCUCACCCUGGACGAUUACAACGGCAUCUGCACUGGCGAGAAGUUCCCCAUUGUUCGGGCUGGAACGCUGAAACUUCGUUCACCGUAGUUCGUAACAACUUCAGUAUUCUCGCAACAAACACACAUUUACAUCCGUAUUUUAAAAUAAUGUACUGAGAUGCUCUCGUCAAAUACGUUUUAAACAGCCAGUAAUAUUUUUAUUUUUUCUGCUCCACAGAGCACAUUACAUCGAACGUGCUUUUCGAGCUCGCGACACAAAACCAGAUUUUAUAGUCACAGUGGAAGAAUUACACAUAUUUUAACAAUGAUAUCUAUGACUGUGCUACACGAAGUGAGUGAAAUAAAGAUCUUCUUUCCAAACAUACAA